GGAUGAACAAUGGCUGCGCCUACUGUUCAUCAUGCCAAAAAUUUCUGCGUCUGUGUUUUUCUCUUCAUCGCAGCCCCUAUCCUUCUUCCUCUUUUGAUCUCAAGCUACAAGAUCAUGGCAGAAGCUUAAGGAGACGACCGGACAACACUCUUGCAGCUGGAAUCUCGCCGGAGAGAUCUCAACGGCGAGGUCGACGCGAAUCUGAGUUUUAUCACAGAAUCUGCCGAUUUUGCUGGAAACGGUGAAGAAAGCAAAGUCGGCACUCCAUCCUUCAUCGACAACCAUUGGAGGGGUUCUCUGGAGGUUUCCAUUAGCAUUUCCAAUCGUCUACAGCCCCGUAAUUCAUCUCAGAACUCAGAUUUGCAGAUUCCAGACAACCUGCGAUUUCAGCUCGAUUUGAAUCUGCUUCCGGCAUCAAAGAGGGUUUCUUUAGUGGAGUUCGCAAGGUUCAAAUUGAGCCUAAGUUCAGAAGUUUCUUCAUUCUUCUCCUCUAAUUUCUGGAAGCGCAGAUUGCAAUUACAAUCUCUUGUGUGACGACAAGAGGGUGUGGUUUGAGGAUUGAUACGGAUUCAAUGUCUUCACGUGAUAAAUUGCUUGAGCUUGAUCCAGAGAUAGAGAGGACUUUUAGAGCCUUGAGAAUUCAAGAGAGAACACCAGCAAUUUUUGAAAGUAAUUUUCAAGUUUUGGAUACUUCGAUGGCAGAGAACAACAGAACUAUGAAGGAACUUGCUGCUCCUGAUACGGCUUACAAGUAUUCUUUCAUUACUUAUCCAAACUUGUCAGUGGAUUUCGAGCUCAGAUCAGGUUUAAUUCAUUUGCUUCCUAAGUUUCAAGGCUUAUCAGGGGAAGAUCCUAACAGACAUUUGCAUGAGUUCCAUGUGGUUUGCUCUACCAUGAAACCACAAGGCAUUUCAGAGGAGGAUAUCAAGUUGAGAGCCUUCCCAUUUUCAUUGUCAGGAUCAGCAAAGGAAUGGUUGUACUAUCUUCCAGCGGGAUUCAUUACGAGUUGGAUUGACAUAAAGAGGGCAUUUUUAGAGAAAUACUUCCCCGCUUCUAGAGCCAUAACUAUAAGGAAGAACAUAUGUGGUAUUCAACAAGUUGUGGGAGAAACUCUUUAUGAUUACUGGGAGAGGUUCAAGAAAUUGUGUUCAAGUUGUCCUCAACAUCAAAUUAGUGACCAGUUACUUGUUCAAUAUUUUUAUGAGGGUUUGUUACCUAUGGAUAGGAGCAUGAUUGAUGCUACAGCUGAAGGUGCUUUGGUUAACAAAACUCCAAAACAAGCAAGGGAGCUCAUUGCAAAUAUGGCAGAAAAUUCUCAACAAUUUGGGAGUAGGGUACUUACUACUAGAGGAGUUAGUGAAGUUCAAAUGGUAUCAAAUGAGCAAAAGGAGAUCAAGAGUUCAUUGUUGGAGUUGACAUCUUUAGUCAAACAAAUGGCGUUGAAUAGUGCUAGCCAAGUUUCAUCUUUUCCAGUUCAAACGAUGAGAGUUUGUCGCAUUUGUUCGAGUCAAGAGCACACUUCGGAAUUAUGUCCAAAUCUCCAUCAAGAUGAAUCAAUGGAGGCUAUAUCAAGACCACAAUUUCAGCAAAGAUAUGAUCCAAAUUCUUCCACCUACAAUCCGGGUUGGAAGGAUCAUCCAAAUUUGAAGUACGGGAAUUCCUUCUACCAACAACCACCUCAAAAUCAGAAUGUGCAGAAUUUUCAGCAAUUUCAGCAAUCCAACGCUCCAAAUCAGUUUCAAUAUCAGCAAUUUCAGCCACUUGCUGUUCCAAACCAAUUCCAGCAUCAAAAUCAGCAAUUUCAGCAUCCUAAUCAGUUCCAACAGCAAUCAUAUGCCUCUUUCCAUCCACAAAAUCAGCAACCAAAUUUUCAACAGCAAAUUCAAAAUUUCCAGCAACCUGCACAAAAUUUCUAGCCAAU